AUGUUGGAAUCUCCAUACCCACUCCAAGGCAUCACCGACGCUGACUUACAGAGGCUCACGGAGGCGCUUUGGGACUGGUACAUCUGCGAAGCCUGUCAGAGCGGCGCGGAAUGUAUCAUGGCCCGCUGCGCAUGGAAGCGCUCAGCCCGGUUGGGGCGCUUCUUCGACUUUUACAAGGACAUCACAACCUCUUAUGUGCCCGACUUAUUGCCAUGCAGCGAGCCGGCUCUCCGCAGGCAUGAGGACAUUAUUGGCACUAUCCUACUUCUCAGGGAGAAACCAAGCUCGAAGCGUUCCGAACUGACGCACGAGUGCUUCUCCCGACGCGACGCCAAGCCGCCCUCACUGGCGGACCAGCAUCGGGCUGUUAAUCUCAUCGUACAGGUCAUGGCCAUGGUCAAGUGCUCGGCCGAAAACCAACCCUUGGGUGUUCUCGAGCUUGGAACACAGCCGCUGCUAUGGCGCACGGAUAAAUCGCUAGCCGAAUUCAUGUCGAGCGCCUCUCCGCAGUCUGACAAUGUCAAUCUCUGCGUACACGACGACCUAAACGGCCGCAGAGGCGUCGUGGAAAUUUACCAUUACACCAGCGUCUUGAAGGAGCAUCUGGUGGCGUCGCGGCCUGAUGAUGGUACUGCUACAUUUGAGCAAUCCAUCUCCAAGGGCAACAUCCCGAGACAGGUUGCGUUAGAAGCCCUAGAUUCGGUGCAAAAGAUACUCUUUCCUUUCGACUCUGAUUCCGAGUGUUUCCUCCGCGAACUAGUGUCGAAGCAAUCUUUCGACCCCGAUUGCCUGCGAUACGACUCGACCGGAUAUCGGAUGCAAGCUGAACAAGAGAUAUGCUACAAGUACUUUAGCCGUCGGCUUAUGGACCUCUUUGAGGAGCUUGAGAACCCUAACCCUCGGGGAAUCCUUGAGAAGUGGUUUCAGCGCAAGAGCGGAGCGCGCUAUAUGAUGAUGGCGACACUUGUUGGCGUCCUUUUUGCCGUUAUCCUCGCCCGAAGGCUGAACAUCGUAUACCUGCAAUUCGGCUUUCCCAAGGAGGGCCCCUAG